CCUGCACCGUGUCCGCAGUCUCUGGUCAUCCCCUGCACCGUGUCCGCAGUCUCUGGUCAUCCCCUGCACCGUGUCCGCAGUCUCUGGUCAUCCCCUGCACCGUGUCCGCAGUCUCUGGUCAUCCCCUGCACCGUGUCCGCAGUCUCUGGUCAUCCCCUGCACCGUGUCCGCAGUCUCUGGUCAUCCCCUGCAACGUGUCCGCAGUCUCUGGUCAUCCCCUGCACCGUGUCCGCAGUCUCUGGUCAUCCCCUGCACCGUGUCCGCAGUCUCUGGUCAUCCCCUGCACCGUGUCCGCAGUCUCUGGUCAUCCCCUGC